AUGGAAGAACAAAGGGCUAUUGAAGCUGGAAAUGGUAAAUGGCAUGGUUCAGUUAGUGGCAUAAUUUGUGCACCUAUUGACAAAGUUUGGACCAUAGUCUCACAAACUAAGAGACUUUCUCAAUGGAUGCCAAUGGUAGAAAGAUGCACUACCUUAACUGGAAUUGAAGAUGAACCAGGCUAUGUUAGAUUAGUUUCUGGUUUCAUGUUUCCUCAACAAGAUGGAGAAAGAUCAUGGAUCAAAGAGAGGUUGGUUUCAAAGGACUCAUCAUCACAUAGCUUUGUUUAUAAAAUGGAAGCAAGUAAUGUUGGUUUAGAUGGAUCUAUAAAUUCACUAAAACUACUUGAUUAUGGUGAUGAAUCAACUCUUAUUCAAUGGUCUUUUGAGAUAAAUCCUCUAGAAGAUGUUUCUGAAAAUAGCUUAGUGGAUUAUCUAGGAUUUCUUUAUAAAUCUUGUAUUAAUAAGAUUGAGGGUGCUGUAGAAGCUGCAUCAAGAAAUAAUUCACCACCACAGUGA